AUGACCGAAGAAGACAAACCCAAAGCCUCAUCCGUCGACCACCACCACCAUCAUCACCACCCCCCUCCGCCGCAGCCACUACCCUAUCCACCCCCCCAGUAUGGCACCUUCCAAGGGGUCGCCAACUACCCUCCUCCGCCGGAGCCACACCCCGCUAUCGGGUUUCCCCACCCUGUUCCCCCGCCCGGUGCGAUUGACUCCUCUGCCCCUCCUCCGCCGUACUACCAGGGCUACCAAGCAGUUCCCGGUUACGCAGUUGCUGAAGGAAGACCUGUAAGGGAACGCCACCUUGGUUGCUGUGGCCUUGGUUGUGGCUGGUGUCUGUUUAUACUAGGCUUCUUUCUUGCUGCUAUUCCAUGGUACGUUGGGGCAAUAAUUAUGCUUUGUUCCAGAGUAGACCACCGAGAGAAACCUGGUUAUGUUGCUUGUGUAGUUGCUGCUAUUCUGGGUACAAUCGCUAUUAUUCUUGGUGUGACAAAGGGAGUACAUGAGUGGUAA